UAUUACCUGACCGACCCUCAGGGAAAGGAAAGGGAGGAGCGGCGGCGGAGAGCCUGUGUGUUCGUCUAUUUAUUAUUUUAUUUUUUAUAUUAUUUCCGGAAUCCUGUGAGAAAACGAAAAAAACGGAGAAAAAUAGGAGAAAAACCGGAAUCUUAGGUGGAGAUCGUCUUAGAUUCGUCGGCGGAGGACCACCUGAGGGGAUCGAGGCCGGGGAGCCCGCGGCGGAGGAGAGGGCGGAGCGCCGGCGGCGGUGAUGGUGGUGGAGAAGAAACCCUAGGGAGACUGCAGAUGGAGGUGGACGGAGAAGGAUGAGAUUUUCUCUGAUCUGAAUGGAAACCCUAGCGUGGGACGGCGGCGGUCUCCUGACCGGAUCCGCGAGCACCUCCGGCGGGACGAUCCACUGGCGGCAUUGGGCGCCAGCGCUCGCCUUCUCCGGCGGCUGACCGGGUCGCCGCCGCCGCGGGAUCGGUGGUUUCCAGGGUUUUGAACGUAUAUAUACAUAUAUAUAUAUAUAUACUUUUCUUUUUCGGUUUUAGUGGGGUGGGGUUCGGGAGGGGGAGGGAGAUGGGGAUAUCUGAGGGCGGUGAGGGAGGAGGGUUCGGCGUGGACUGCUCGGUGGGGACCAUCGUCUGGGUGCGGCGGAGGAACGGCUCCUGGUGGCCGGGGAGGAUACUCGGCCCCGACGAGCUGUCGGCGUCGCAUCUCAUGUCGCCGAGAUCGGGGACGCCGGUCAAGCUCCUCGGAAGGGAGGACGCCAGCGUGGACUGGUACAACUUAGAAAAAUCAAAACGUGUGAAGGCAUUUCGAUGUGGGGAUUUUGAUGCUUGUAUUGAAAGGGCUGAAGCUGCACAGGGUGUUCCUAUUAAGAAAAGGGAGAAAUAUGCACGCCGAGAAGAUGCUAUCCUUCAUGCUCUAGAGCUUGAGAAGAAACAGCUUGAAAUGAAGCAGCAGAAGUCGGGGGUUAGCUCAAACAGUAUAGCAAAUAAACCUUCAGGUACCAUGAAAAAGGAAUUUGACUCAUCUUCAGAGACUUCCAUGAGAAAUGAGGAACCUGGAGUGCAUGGUAAACAUACAAGCCACAACACUCAGAUGCUUUCAAGUAGAGCAUGUUUGUCCAAUGAGGAAGAGAACAUUAGCAAUUCCAUGUAUAUAAACAAAGGAAAAAAUGAUAACCAAGUUGGGUUGGAGGAGGAUAUUCCUGAAAAUGUUCCUAGGAUGAGAGGUUUGCAGGAUUUUGGCCUUCGAAUAGCUGCCUCAAAGAGAAAGCCAUCAAUGUCUGUUGAUAAUCACAUGGAUAUUUCUAAUGCUGGGCAUAUAGUGGGAGGUGCAAGUCAUAAUGCUAGCAGUAAAAAUUCCAUGCCCAAUAAAAAGACAAGAUCACAUGGGGGCAUGUUUGAAGAGUCACUUGUUAAAAAACGUGAUAGGCGUCGACCGCUUAAUCAGGUUCUACAGAGUAGUCCAAAAUUUCCCUCUCCUCAUUCUUUUCAGUCUGAUCAUGAUCAUGGUGUUGACUCAAUGCAUGAAGGAAAGGACCACACUGGUGUUAUACAUCGGGCAAGAAGGAGCAGAUGCUUCAAUCUACCUGCUGAUUCAAAUGACUCUCUUGAUCAUGGUGAAUAUCCUGAAAAAAUGCCAGGAACACAGCUUGGAAUGGAAAACUGCCUUCAGCAAUCUGGUACUUCAACAGAUGAAUAUGCAUCUUCUGGAUUGAUGGAAGUAGAUGAUUCUGAUUUAUCUGGAAAGGCAUACUUGGAAACUGACAUUGAUAAGGAGGCAAAUCUUUUAGGAGAUACUACAAAGUCAUUGCCAUCGGGAGCAACAGGUUGUGAGCCCUCUGCAAGUCAAGUUUCAGAAAAAUUCACUUAUGUGGACAAUAGUGAGGUGCCUCCUUCUAGUCAUGUGCCUCAAUUACCUCCUCAAGAGCACACUACAUAUGUUUCUGAUGAUCUGGGAAAAUGGGGUGUGAAAGGGAAACGCAGUGCUCGCAAUAUAGCGAAUAUUGAUGUGAUGGAUGGAAAGAUUUCUGUCUUAAGUUUGGAUAAACGUAGUGGUUCCAUAAGAGGGGCAAUGUAUGGAACCAAGGGGAGCGGUUUGAGAAUGGGCAGAAUGGGAGCUUCCAGCCAGUGGACUUCAGGACAUGGUUUCUACAAUAAUGAGUUUAACUAUGCUGAUGAUGAAGUCGACUUGAUUGGUAAGGAUCUGGGUCGUGCGGAAAAGUUGACUGGAUAUGGUAGACGAAGGUAUUCUUUGGUUCUGAAAGCAGCUAGAGGUCGUGGGAGAAGUCACACUGGCUUCAAAGAAUUGGAAAAUGAUGCCCAUAUGAUUUCCCCAUCAGUCUGGAAAUCUGGAGGCCCAUCUCAUGGGGCUCGAAGGGCAUACUGGGAAGAUUCUGACAAGUGUUAUAAGCCGGUUUAUGCUGCUCGUCGCAGUGACAAGAUGAGGCCUAUGCUGUUUGAUGUGGAUUUGAAGGUUAAAGCAAGCUAUCAAGGUGAGCGUGUUCCUUUGGUUUCUCUGAUGAGUAGAUUGAAUGGCAAAGCAAUUGUAGGGCAUCCUGUCCAAAUUGAAAUGCUUGAAGAUGGUUCCACUGAUCCGCUUGUUUCUAGAAAUGUUUUUUGUGUGGAUGAAAGAGCAGCACCCCCACCUGUCUGGAGGACUGCAAGAAGAACUGCCAUGCAACGAGUUCCUCGUUCUAACCCAUCAGUCUUGGAUGGUGAAGAUGCUAAUGUUCUUCGAUAUACAGAUAGAGAAAGCAAAGCACCACUGAAGAAAUAUUCUGGUCAUUUCAAUCAACAAGACAAAUUGGCAAAGAAGAGUCUCUCUCAGUCCCGCCGACCAUCAUCAGGGAAGUCCCAGAAGAAGAGUACUAGAAGGGUAAUUCUGUCCAGUCAGAAAACUAGACCUCUGUCUUCUAUUGGAACUGAAUCAAAGCUCGGUGUGGAGAACAGGGGAGCAAAAACUGUUCGGGGUAGCAGUAUUUUGGGAGGUCUUAUCAAACCAGAGGAGACAGUGCCUCUGGUCACUUGUGUCCCUGUGAAGGUGGCCUUCAGUAGGAUUCGUGAAGCAGUAGGAAGGCCAUCUUUGGCUGAUCGUAUCCGGGUCCAGCGGUGAAGGAUUAGGGUAGUGGUAGUUGGCAAUCUUAGCCACCCUCUGCCCCCAAUGCCCCAUGUACAAUAAAGUUUACAUAUAAAAUUUUCAGUAAAAACAUUAGGUAGAUGGAGAAAGUGAUAUUCUCUCCAAAGCGUAAUCAGGUGACUCUGUUUGACAAAUGACUUGGGCAAAUGAACCUGAUAGGCUGUUUACAACAUAUCAUGGCAAUCAUAUGUGUUUCUCUUCUGAUGGAGAUGGAGACCUGUAGUUGAUAUCUCGCGGCAGGGUGUUCCUGAGUGCAGCAUGCAUUGCUGACCUGGUAUUUGGUGAGGUAAAGGAGCACCCACUGUCCAGAUAACAGUAAUAUUUUGUCCUUCGGGUUGGCUGACUUGGAUCUCUGUAAAGUACUAACUGCAAAUUUAGCUUAUUAGCUGGUUCCGCCUUUUUUUUUAUAUAUAUACCCGAUAGAUACCGGUUUAAUUUAUUGUCAAUGGCUAGCUGCUUCAAGCGUGCAUUGGGGGCAUCUUUGAAGAAAUGUUCUGUAGUAUAUGAAACAUAAGACCGUGAUGUGGAUCAUUCAUUCACAUCUGUUGUCUGUUGAAGAAUCUUCUUUUUCUGAAUAAGAGGAACUGUUGGAACAUCCUGUACUCCUGU